AUGGCCGCCAAAACUGCCGGUCCAGAGCCGGCCGUGGUGGCUGAGCUGCCCGGCCGAUCCAUAUUGGUCCUUUACGGAUCGGAGACGGGCAAUGCUCAGGACAUCGCCGAAGAAAUCGGUCGCAACGCCCAGCGCCUGCAUUUCAAGACCAAGGUUGACGAGAUGAACGGGGCCCAGUUGAGCUUGUUGCUGCAAUAUUCGCUGGUCGUUUUUGUCAUAUCAACGACGGGCCAGGGAGACAUGCCCCGCAAUUCUGUCGCCUUCUGGAAGAGCCUCUUGAGGAAGAAGCUACCGCCAGGCUGCCUCGGCGCGGUCAAAUUCACAACCUUUGGACUUGGAGAUAGCCUGUACAUCAAGUUUAACUGGGCUGCUAGGAAGCUGCACAAGCGGCUGGAGCAACUAGGUGCCGUGGAAUGUUAUCCACGAGGCGAGGCAGAUGAACAAGACUCGGAUGGAGCGGACCAAAGAUACAUGCCCUGGGCGGCAGACCUGCAAAAGAGGCUACUCGAGCUGUAUCCCCUUCCAGAAGGGGUCUCUCCCAUCCCAGACGGCGCUCUUCUACCCCCAAGAUACACAGUCGAGCUGGCCGCGAGCCCAGAGACACUACGAAAUCAAACUUCUGACCACAGUCUCGGGCACAAUACGAAUGGACAUGUGGUAGAAUUCGAAGCCAGGGAGGGCCAGCCCAGCCGAACCUCUCCCAAUAACUCAGAAACAACGACCGCCGUCGAGGACCUGACCCACGCGACAAAUUCAAUGAUAAUCGCCGAACCGUCGUCGAACGUAGAUGAGCUCGAAUUCCAAAACCAGACUCCUUCAACAACCCUCCUUCCCAUUCCUGGCGGCCAGGCCGCUUCUCUCGAACUCAACGAGCGAGUGACGCUCACGACACACUUCCAGGACGUCCGUCUCGUCCGCCUCGCCCUCGAGCCUUCUCCCAACGGACCGCCCAUAAUAAAUCCCUUUGACAGCCUAACAAUCUACCCAAAGAACUUCCCCCAAGACGUCCAAAAGCUCAUAGACCUCAUGCAAUGGACCCCCAUCGCAGACCUUCCCCUAUCAUUUGCCUCCUCUUCCGGGGGCUCCAAUCUUCCUCGUGGUCUCUUCAUCAACCAUGACCGGCCAACAACCCUGCGCGACCUUCUCACGCACAAUCUUGACAUUACCUGCACCCCCCGCCGCAGCUUCCUCAAAGAAAUGUACUACUUCUCCGACGACGAAUACCACAAGCAGCGCCUCCUCGAGUUCACCAUGCGCGAGUACACGGACGAGUUCUUUGACUACACCACCAGGCCCCGGCGCACUAUCCUCGAAGUCCUCGAGGAAUUCACCUCCGUCCGGAUACCCCUGAGCCGCGUCCUCGACAUGUUUCCCGUCAUGCGCGGCCGAGACUUCAGCAUAGCCAGCAUAGACCACCACCACCACCACCACCACCAGCAGUCUGGCUCCCCACCCCCUGAAGAGACGGCAACCCCAACAGGAACAAAGACGAGCAUAACUCUGCUGAUAGCCCUCGUCAAGUACAAAACCAUUCUCCGCAAAAUCCGUCAGGGCCUUUGCUCCCGCUACCUCGAGUCCCUAACCUCGCCCGGCACCCCGCUCCGCAUAACCCUCAACCGCAGCUCCGCGGCCCUCCACGGGCCCGUCCACGCCCGCCGUCCCCUCUGCGCCGUCGCGACCGGCACCGGCGUCGCGCCCCUCCGCCUCUUCAUCGAAGAGCGCUUCUCUCACCUUCCUUUGGGCGUGCGCGUCGGAGACACCGCCGUCUUCUUUGGCAGUCGCAGCCGAGAAGCGGAUUUCCACUUCAGAGACGUCUGGGAGGACCUCAAGACAAAGUAUACUCUACCUCCUUUUGCUGCUGGUGCUGCUGGUGGUACUACUGCCGACAACGCCGCCAGCACCGGACCCAAAUUCGACGUCUUCACGGCCUUCUCCCGCGACAAGUCCGCCCCGCGCGAGUACGUCCAGGACGUGAUCCGGCAGCAGCCGGACACCAUCCGCGCCAUGGCGGCCUCGGACGCCAUCUUCGUCGUCUGCGGCGGCAGCCUAAAGAUGUCGCGCGCCGUCAAGGAGGCCGUCAAGGAGUGCCUGCGGGGCGACGCGGCGAGGUACCCAGACGACGGGGCUGUGGAGGCUGCUUUUGCGAGGUUGACUUGGUGGGAGGAGAUUUGGUAG